GGGGGACUAGAUGUUGAGUUCUUCAUUGCAUGCCAAAGCUAUUUUCGGGUCACGUGUGCUUACGGCUCGUCUCACACUGGCAGCCGAACAAGACACAAACAACUUGUGAACACGUUCGCAAAACGUUCACAUGCUUUCUGACCUGAACCAGCGCUACGAAAUUCAAAGUUGACUUGAUAACAUGAAAAGAGAAUUGAAGAGUGAAUAUGAUGCUGGGGCAGAGGAGCCCGUAUCUGCUCUUGAAGGAGGCGAUUGGGAGGAUAUCCCAGACAAGGACGUCAGUGCAGAGCGGUUCGAUAACUGCGACUCCUUCAGUGCAACCAGCACUUUUACGGAUACCUCGAAAGCGAGGCAUCGCCCUGGUUCAAAGACUGUCUUCAUCGCUGACACCGCUCGGCGUAGUCGCCCCGCACCUCUACGGCAGAAGCGCAAGAAGAGUCCCAUAGUAGACAAAGAGCAGAUCAAAGAAGCGCUUUCCACCGGUGCCCAUCACUCAAGCGCUUAUAUCCUCGACGUUUUCCUUCGAGCGGUGCGAUUGAUGCGUAUACCAUUAUCAGUAAUGCUCUUCCUUUGGAUGAUGACAUUCGUGAUGGUACGCCUUUCGGGUGCGUUGCGCACAGCGUUUGCCCCGAUGUGUUACCUUCCUUUGGUAUCGAGGUCGGCGCUGUGUGCUCCGCUAGACCUCACUGCUUCGCAUGAUCCAAAAUGGGCGGAUUUCCCGCAACUUAUGCAGGUCCAGGGCUCGACUUUUGAGCAGCUCUUGGAUGGGUCGGUCGGAGGGUCUGAACUUUCGCUCGAAAUCCGGAAGGCUGAAUUCGCCACAGCUGACCUUACAACGCUCGUGCGACACAGCGACCUGAAGUCUAAUGACGUCCUAGCUGAUCUCUUGACAACGUUCGUCAAAGAUGCCAAGAAGACGGCUAGGAGUCUUACAAAACUCAGUUCGAAAAUCGGUGGCGCUGUAGACAACAUCAUGGCAGUGAAUGGGUAUGCGAUGCGUACCAUAGAAGAUGCGGAGAAGAACGCACCAUCGCCGUAUUCGCUCACAGCUUUGAUUCCGUUCCGCACUGGACCCACAAACCAAGAGGUGAUAGUCGGCGCAUUCACCAGUGCGAUGGACACCUUCUCUAUAGCAAUUCAACGGCUUAUUCUGGAAGCCGAAAUAUCCCUGCACAACUUGGAUAUACUAGAGGAAGAUCUGUCCGCUGUCCGCGAAGCUGUGCAACGCGAAGACAAUUCCAUCACAGCUGAGCAUUCUGAGCUUUUGGGAGCGCUAUGGACAAGGCUGGGCGGGAACAAACACGCAGUAAAGGAUAAUGAGAAACGUCUUCAUUUGCUCAAAGACCUUGGUGACUAUCGGAAACAAGCACAGGCACAUGUUGUUGCCGCACUCCACACACUGCAUUCGAUGAGCGAGGACAUGGAAGAUUUACGAGAGAGGGUAGCGGCUCCUGAACUGGUUGAUGGACGAAUCCCACUUCACGUGCAUAUCGAGAGCAUUCAGACGGGACUUCAGCGGCUACAAGAGGGCCGGGUGAGAGCGAAAGAGAGGGAAGAAGAGGCGAUGAGAAGAGUGAUAUUCGGUACCGAUUGAGUCGAGAGGCACGUUACAUGUUGCUAAGCUUCCUUCGAUUGCGUGUGCUUGGCUUGUAUAUAUUACUAGCAGUUACCUAUGUACGGGCGGGUCAUGUGUGGACUACCUUGGCACCAAUCCGUGAGA